AAAAUGAAAUGAUAAACCUGCUUAGACUAUAAGAACCCAUUAUUGGCCAAGUUGUUUAUUACUCUCUUGUCUGCAUUGGAACGAUUCUCAUUUGAGAAGUGGGUUUAAAAUGAUGAAGAUUAGCAGUCUGAUUGCAUGUAUUGUCUUAUUUAUCUCUUCUUGGAGGACUGUAAAUGGGCAGCUUUGUCCUGCUUUCUAUGAGAAAACGUGCCCCAGUGCACUGUCGACAAUCAAAGCAGCUGUAAAACAAGCAGUCGCCAAGGAAAAACGGAUGGGUGCAUCAUUGCUGCGCCUUCACUUUCAUGACUGCUUUGUUAAUGGUUGUGAUGGGUCGAUACUGUUGGAUGAUACGCCGACAUUCACCGGGGAAAAGACUGCGGCUCCAAACAAUAACUCUGUGAGAGGAUUUGACGUUAUCGACAACAUCAAAUCCAAACUUGAGGCUGUGUGCAGUGGAGUCGUGUCUUGUGCUGAUAUUCUCGCCGUUGCUGCUCGUGAUUCUGUAGUUGAAUUGGGAGGGCCAUCAUGGACGGUGAUGUUAGGAAGGAGAGACUCCACUACUGCAAGUCAAGGCUCUGCAAACACCAGCAUUCCAGCUCCCACACUUAACCUCACAGCACUCAUCUCAUCUUUCAGAGCUCAGGGCCUUUCUACAACAGACCUAGUUGCCCUUUCAGGUUCUCAUACAAUUGGUCAAGCCCGCUGCACCAAUUUCAGAGCUCGCAUCUACAACGAAACGAAGAUAAAUACUCUAUUUGCCAGUUCUCUCAAGGCCAACUGCCCUAGCGCCAGUGGCAGUGGUGACAAUAAUCUUGCUCCCUUAGAUCGCCUCACUCCCACUUUCUUUGAAAACAACUACUACAAAAAUCUGAAAAGCCAGAAGGGACUUCUCCACUCUGAUCAACAAUUAUUUAUGGGAGGAUCUACUGAUUCUCAAGUUACGAAAUACUCUCUUGAUCAGAAUACCUUCUUCAAGGACUUUGCAGCUGCCAUGGUGAAGAUGGGAAACAUCAAGCCUCUUACCGGCACCAAGGGACAAAUCAGAAAGAAUUGUAGGAAGCCAAACUAAACAAUUCUAUUGUCUAUAGUAUGUUUUAUUUAGUUUUAAUAACCAUUCAAUGAAGUUUGGGUGAACAAAACGAUUUACUUUCCUGUGGGCGGAAAAGCUUGGUGAAAUCUACGAAGUUAUUUGUUUUAUGUACUUUCACUGGUCACAUCAGAUAUUGGAAUCCUAUUACAGAGCAACUCUUCUGUCUUCA